AUGCCGAUUUCUGUGCCUUUCCGUGUUUAUUUUCACUCGCAUUGAGUUUAGUAGUCGAUGGUUCUUUCGUCGACGUACAAUGUAAAGACAUUUUUUUCCGUAAAAACGGUUUUAACAGACGAGGAAGAGGAAACGCGCCCGAAACAGUAGUUUUAUAUUUUGAUAUUUAACACAAAAUUAAGUUCAAGCCGAAACGAAAACGGGAAAAAUGAAAAUUAUUGAAAGUGAAGAGUUUAAUUGGUUUUGAUUGAAAACUUUUUAAUUUUUCGGAUUAAUUUUUUUUUGCCGUCGAACAAAAGUGACUGAAUUUCGUAAAUUAUUUUCAGUUCAGUUUGAUUUUGUAGGAAUAUAAUUUCUUACAAUAUUGUUGAAUAUUAUACGUAUAAUAGAUUGAGUGACAUGAGUUAUAAACAGGAAAAAUCGUACAAUGUACUCUGAAGAACACAAUCUUACAAAUGAAAACUGAUUCAGUGAUUGAAUAAAAAAUAGUGUGCGGAUUUAAAAAGCAACCAUCGAAGUGCAUUUACCUCGUUCAAUUAAAAAAAAGAAAGACGAAGAACAACCGUCAAUUUUAUAAACUGUUUUGCAAAUAUUUUCAAAUUUUUGUUGACACAUUAAAGACCCCAACACAUUUGAUAUUGCAACAUUAAUUCAUUCAAAAGUGCAAGUGUAUCCAUUUGGAAGUUCAUAUUAAUCUGGCAUUUAUAAAUUAAAAAGAAUUCAACAAUUCAACAGUGUGCCGACGUUCCAAAACUGACUUUUUUCGCUGAUUCCGUACAUACAAAUACCGAAUAUACCGUUAAACAGCCAAGGCAAGGUUCUUUUCGUGGAUUUAAUUAUUUUCAUUAUCAACAGCAAAAAAAGUGUUUUGUAAAUAAAUUUUGUUGUUGUUGCAUUGUCGUGAACUGAACUGUUAGCAAAAGCAGCGAGACCAGAAACUAUUUUAAUCCGCCCAACAGAAAAGUUCAAUGGUUUUCGGAAUAAACAAAAAUUUCAUAUCAUAAAGUGACACUGCAUCAAGUAUAACAAAUUCAAGGAUUUUCUACACUGUGUCUGCUCAUAAACUAGAGCAAUUUGUCGUAAACUUGUCAUACUAACGUUGCAAUCGGUAUCAUCAACUUUCCCAUUGAAAUUAAAAGUUAAUUUUGUUGGAAAUAAAAUAUUUUCGCUUUGCAAGACACUGUGGAUUAAACCCAAAGUUGGUUCGUUUGCUGUGACAGUUUUUGUUCGAAAGAGACCAUGAAAUUAUUACCGAUACCGUUGCCGCCGAUCGGUGCACCGCCACCGAUGGGAAUAUGGGGUUCAGACUUUAUGUGGCGAUAUUCAGCACCGCACAGCCCAUUAGCCGAAAUGAAGACACAGCUACCACCACAAUUGUCACCCGAUCCACGAAUAUGGGGCCGUGAAGACGUUGCCAUCUUUCUACAGUUCUGUGAACGUGAAUUCGAUCUACCGAAAUUUGAUCUAGAACUCUUCCAAAUGAACGGCAAAGCAUUGUGUUUGUUAACAAAAAACGAUUUAGCUGAACGAAUUCCUGGCGCUGGUGACAUACUGUACAAUGUUCUUCAAAUGCUAAUUCGUGAAUCACAAAUGUUACACAAACAUCUACCGAGUAGUCCUGUAACGCCAACCAGCCGAUAUCCAUUUUCGCCACACAGUCAACCGCCAACACCAAACUGGUCGUCAUUGGCACCGCCAGACAGUCCAUUUCAUGCAGCCCACAUACAACAUUUAAUGCAAUCAAAUUCAGUUACAUUGAGUCCGGCGCCAUCAAUUGACUCGCAAGGCCGUAGUCCACCACAGCAUCAAGAUCAACAACAAGUGCAAUUUGUUGUAACUAGUCUAGGUAGCCAGUCCAAUCAAUCGGAUUCGGAUGAGGACAGUUAUUCCGAAAAGCAAGGUUCAUCUGAACAAGCCAGUCCACCAUUGACUCCAUUGAAUAAAGAAGCACCGUUGAGCUUGUCACAACAGAUUUCGAAUGUCGUCAACUCGUGGUCGGUCAAAAAUGAGAAUGGUGCCUGGUCGGCGAAAAACGAGAAUGGCGGCAGCAAUUCUGCUCCGUCAACGCCUGGUGCAUUCGCUCCGGUGAAACGAGAAUUUUUUCCGGAUACACCUGAACCAAAUACAAAUGGACGACUUUUGUGGGAUUUCUUGCAACAGCUCUUAAACGAUCCUGCCCAACGAUACAGCAAUUUUAUCGCUUGGAAAUGUCGCGACACUGGAGUCUUUAAAAUUGUAGACCCUGCUGGUCUAGCUAAGCUGUGGGGUAUCCAGAAAAAUCAUUUAUCAAUGAACUACGACAAAAUGUCGCGAGCUUUACGUUACUAUUAUCGCGUGAACAUUCUGCGAAAAGUUCAGGGUGAACGACAUUGCUACCAAUUCCUUCGAAAUCCGACUGAAUUAAAAUCAAUCAAAAACAUAUCGUUGCUGCGACAACAAACUCAACAAUCACCACAAAACGGCACUGGCAAUCAAAAUACUCUGAAACAGGAGCAACAAGGCGACAAUUACCAUCGUAAUGCAUCAGACGUGAAAUCUAUGAAGGGCAUGCAGUUUCUUCGACAACCAACUCAACAAUUAUCGCAAAACGGUGCUAGCAAUCAAAGUAAUUUGAAACAGGAGCAACAAGUAGAAAAUCAACAUCAUCAACAACAACACAUGCUCAAUCCGCUCAGCUUGUCCAACGGCAGUUUACAGCUACAACAAUCAAGAAAUACUCAAAAUCAACUACAUCUCCAUCAACUAUCGCCAUUGUCGUUACAUCAACAACAGCAACAACAAAUGCUCCAUCAAAAUCCGCCACCAUCACCGCGAGUGCUGGCCCUAAACGGAGCCUUCCAUCAGCUGACGACAUCGUCAUCACCAACGCUGAUCCCGCACCAUCAGAACGGCCAGCCGGUAACCCAUUUCAAAAUGGAACCGAACAUGGACGUAGAGGAUUUACCCACUGAUCUCAGUACAACUAGCGGCAAUAGUGAACGGAAUAAGUUCAAUGGAAAUUCAGAAUGCUUUCCAUUAAUUCGUAAUGCAAACGGUUUGACGACCAUACGGCUAAUAAAUUCUCAAAAUGGUGAAUCGUCAUCAUAUCAACAACAGUCCGAUGACGAUUACAGUUCACCGAACGAACACUCAGACAAUGCCAAAUCGGAUCAAAUGGCAACGGAUCUGAGAAAAAUGGAAUAAAAUUUAAAAAAAAAAUUAAUGGAUGUACACUGUACGUACAGAUGUCCUAAUGACAAUCAUUGUAAUAUAAUGUUAACAAACAAACAGUUUUUUUUACGAAAAGGUACCUUGCAUUUAUAUAAUCAAAUGAAAAUUAGCCGGAGCAAGAGUCGCGCGUAAUUGUUGUUUUAAUUGGGCGUGUUGUUGGUCGUGAAGUGAUUUUUGUGAUCGAAUUAUAUACCGUUCUGUGUGCUGCUCCUAUUUUGAUACAAUCACAAAAAUCGUUUCGAUUGGACCGGAAGUGUGAAAUAUUUUUGAGAAAAAAAAAAUGGAAAAAAUUGUAAAUUUUUUGACGAUAAACUGAACAAUAACAAUGUGCCAAGUAAAGUAAACACAGUUUUACGUAUGAUAAAUAAAAAUACAAAUAAAAAAGAAAAUUUGGAUUAAAUUGUAGUGUAAAGGUCUCUACCGAACUUUAGAAAAAUAGAUUGCCCAAGAUAUGUUGUACAUAAGGUUAUAGAAAACAAAAUAUUGAAAAUUAAUCGAUACAAUGAAACAAAAGAGACUUUAAAAGUAAAAAAAUAAAUAAAAUAAAAU